CCAAUUCUCUACCACCCAAGCAAUCGCUCGCCCUAAAUCCCACAUUUUUUUUAUUUUCUCCGAUUUUUGGCUUUUUUGGAAAGUGAUACGAAAUUCCAAAAUAGAGGAAGAAAGAAAGAAAAAAAGAAGGAAAUAAAAGAAGAAGAAGAGCGAGGAAGGAGGAACGAGAUCGCGAGCCCUAGAAGAGACUGGGAAAAAACAGUUUGCGGAUCCGAAAUGACGCAAUAGCCCCUCAUUUUUUGCUUGCGCCGAUUUUUGCCCUGUUUUUCUCUUGCUUGAAAACUGUUUUUUAUUUUUUCGUUUUGUUUUCCUGAGUUUCUCGCUGGUUGAGGUACGGAAGUGGAGAUUUUCUUUCGUUUUCUCUAAUUUUCUCGUCUGAUCUGGUGCUGUGGCAUUUGGAAAUUUGGUGGUUAUCGUUGCCCUCCGUUUGGUUGCCGAGAAAGUGAAGGCUAUUCUUUGAGGCAAUUACUGGUAAAAGGAUCAGCACAUCGCGUACGUAAAUUGCUGACUCCGCGCGUCGUAAAGGAAUUCACAAUGGUUGCGACUGCCGCUACUUCCGCAUUUAUUCCGGUUCCAUCUCCAUCACCGAACUCUGGCGCCAAGGCCACCCCAAAGCCUGCGAAUUUGGGAGGAAUGAAGUCAAAAUCUGCUGGGAUCUCCGGUGGCUUGCAGGUCAAAGCAAAUGCCCAAGCCCCUCCCAAAAUAAACGGUACCUCGGUUGGUUUGACAACACCUGUGGAAGGUGUGAAGAAUGAGUGUGAAACAUCCUCGCCUCCCCCCAGGACUUUCAUCAACACGAUACCUGAUUGGAGCAUGCUUCUUGCUGCUAUCACCACAAUCUUCUUGGCCGCGGAGAAACAGUGGAUGAUGCUGGAUUGGAAACCCAGGCGGCCCGACAUGCUUAUUGACCCUUUUGGUCUAGGGAGGAUUGUUCAGGAUGGUUUUGUGUUCCGGCAGAACUUUUCUAUUAGAUCAUACGAAAUAGGUGCUGAUCGGACAGCGUCUAUAGAGACGUUGAUGAAUCAUUUACAGGAAUCUGCCCUUAAUCAUGUUAAGGGUGCUGGACUUCUUGGUGAUGGUUUUGGUUCAACGCCAGAGAUGUGCAAAAAGAACCUGAUAUGGGUGGUUACACGGAUGCAGGUUGUCGUAGAUCGCUAUCCUACUUGGGGUGAUGUUGUUGAAGUGGACACUUGGGUUAGUCCAUCUGGAAAGAAUGGUAUGCGGCGUGAUUGGCUUCUACGUGAUUACAAAACUGGCGAAAUUCUUACAAGAGCCUCCAGUGUUUGGGUGAUGAUGAAUAAAAAAACAAGGAGGUUAUCUAAGAUUCCAGAUGAAGUUCGAGGGGAAAUAGAGCCUUACUUUAUGAAUUCUCCUCCUGUUGUGGAAGAGGAUAGCAGAAAACUACAAAAGCUUGAUGAUAAUACAGCGGACUAUGUUCGCACUGGGUUAUCUCCUAGAUGGAGUGAUUUAGACGUCAACCAGCAUGUUAACAAUGUGAAGUACAUUGGCUGGAUCCUUGAGAGUGCUCCAUUGCCGAUCUUGGAGAGUCACGAGCUUUCUGCGAUGACUUUGGAGUAUAGGAGGGAGUGCGGGAGGGACAGUGUGCUGCAGUCUCUGACCGCCGUCAAUGGCGUUGGUAAUUUGAUGAAUUUGGCUGACAUCGAGUGCCAGCACUUGCUUCGGCUCGAGGAGGGGGCCGAGAUUGUGAGGGGAAGGACUUUGUGGAGGCCCAAAUAUGCCAACAACUUUGGGACUCUUGGUCAGGUCCCAGCAGAAAGCGCUUAAUCUAAGAGUGCUUUUGUAGCUGGAAUUACGAUACCCUCUCGCUUGUGUAGAAUCCUGCAUGUGUUUCUUGGAUUUACAUGCGUUUCUUCUUUAUAUAUAUAGAUAUAUAGAUAUUCCUUCUCUUUUGUCUUCACUUGGAAAGGAAAAGGCAGUCCCGUUGUAAUUAGCUCUUCCUGUACUCUCUUUCUGCACCUGGUUGGUUGGUGGACACUAGAGGGCCGAUAUCUGCAUUUCUGGCAGUUAACCUUUAGCUGUGUGGGAUGUCUGGGCGAUUUGUCUUAUUUGUUGGAAUGGCAUGUAUAUUUUUUCUAAAUAUUCUUUUCUAUUUAGAAAUGGCAAAAUAUCUCCAUUUAUUGCUGCAGGAAAA